AUGUAUUCACCAAGAAAGCAAAAUGGAAUUACAUCAAAGUCAGAUAUAUUCAUGCGACCAGACGUGCUACAUCCAAUUCCCAAAGAAAUUACUAGUAUACGUGAAAACCUUGAAGAACGUAAAAGAACUUUUGAACAGUGCUUUCUAGUACAGGAUGCCAUAAUUUACGUGACGUACCUUCAUGUUUUUUAUUUGCUGUGUAUCUUGACCUUCUUGGUCUGUGUUUGUGAACAUUCGAAGGAGGGUAUUGCAGCUCGUUCUUUCGUCUACCCAGCAGCAGGCUGCACGUGUCUUUUGUCAAUCAUCGUACUGGUUUUGGCAAAUCGGGCAUCCGUAAUUGUAGCACUGAUAAUUCCGUUGAUGAUCUGGCAGGUUUUGGUUGCUCUCUCCUUGAUUUGUGGCGGAGCGUAUCUCAUUCAUAGUAUUACUGUCAUGUCCUUUGCAUCUACAAGGUUACGCAUUCUGGCUUGGUGUUUUGCCCCAAUCUCAGCUGUGCUUUUUACGGCAUUUCACUUCUUUGCGAUCUACUUGACCUGCGUUUACUACAAUUAUAUUAGGCAGAGAAAGAACGAUGGAAGUAAGGCGUCAAAACUGAAAAUCCGCUAUGAAUCGACUGAAACUUUUGACCAGCGUUCCUACAUCAGGGAGAAGAAUCACUGUGGCUCAAUUAACUCUAUGCUUCUGGUUCCAGCGUGUAGCAGCCCGAUUAAGAGAAGGACAGAGAUUAGAGUCAGUGAGCCAAUUAACGUGUAG